AUGGAGCGGCCCCCGUACUGCUCGGAGGCGGCAGCCGCAGUUGGGAGUGCUGGAGAGCUGGGGGCGGCGCAGCUGACGGCCGCUUUGGCUGCGAAAGCACCUUCGCGACGAGUUGGGUCCGUUGGGCUACUGCUUGUCCCACACAAGUCCAGCCGGGGACAGACAGAGCUGUCUUACCGGACGACACAGCCUGCGGGCCGGACAGCGAGCAGCGGUAGCAGCAGCGGCAGCAGCAGCAGCAGUCGUAUGCGCACAGUGGAGGCUGUCAGCAGCACCUCGAGAUGGGCGCACCGGGGAGGCGCGGGAGGCAACUUGAAACAACAGCGGCAGACGGGAGGGAAGCGCAGGGAGCAGCCAGACAGAAAUUAUAAUUCGGUGCCGCGCGGGCAGACGGCCGCCUACGUCACGGCGGGGGCGGAUGCUGCUAGGUGGGAGGUGGCCCGGGGCCAGAAAUGCUCCGCCUCCCAGGGCAGCUCUUGUUCAGUCGUUGCCGCCGCCGCCGCCGCCGCCGUCGUCCUCGCUGCUACUGAUGUCUCGCGGAGGAGGCGCUGCGCCUCGACUGAUGGGUCCUAUUAG